UCAAGCGCUAACAUAGGAUCUGGGCUUCUAUGGGACUUCUGAAUUCUUUGGCUUUGGUCAGCUUUUGGAGCAUCAAGCGUUAACACAUGUUAACACAGGAUCUAGGGUUCAAUGGGACUUGCAGGGACUUGUGAAUUCUUUGCCUGUGCAUACAUCUGUGUAACAUGCGGGACCGUAUAUAUUAAUUAAUACAACUAUUGAAGCAGAUGCCAACAUGCCUCUGACUCAGCAAGAAUAUUUAUUUAUUACGACUGAGCAAGUGCCGAAUGUGAAUUUUGACUCAUCGCGUAUUGAAUCGGUUCUAGACAUUGAAAAUUUUGCAGAGGCAAUAGCUCGUACUAUAAGUGAGAAACCAGAGAGAUAUUUUGAAUGGUUAUGCGAUGGCAUAGUGCUGUUAUUCAACUUCAUUCAGUCAAACUGGAUAAAACCAAAGCAUGAUGCAAGUCUCGAUUUAUUAACAGUAAAGAGAACGGAAGCUUUAGAAGCUUUAAGUUUCGACGAUGAGUGUAAUGAAAAUAUUCAAAAACCGGAAUUAUUAUAUAUUGCUAAAUUAAUAUUCUCUAAUGAGAAAUUACGAUCUGCCUUCAAAAGUUGUGCAUGGUGGAAGUUUCGAGCAAAUCUGUUACAUCAACAAUUUCUGGAAAUGACGUCUCCUACAUUAUUUCAAGAAACCGAAAGAUUAAUUUCAUAUAUUAAUCAGUCUAUUAUCGUGCAAGAUGAGUAUUUGAAAACACUCUUUCAUCUUGAAGCGGUUCAGUUUUAUAUUCAUUGUAGAAGAUCGCAAGCUUGUGAGAAACAUCUUAACAUUGCUCUAAAAUCAGCCAUGCUCGAUCUAGAAUUACAUGGCGUGAUGGGAAAACGUACCAAAUAUCAGAAAGAAAGGAAGGCUCUGUUAUCAUUAAAAAUUACACUCGAGAAGGACCCAUUUCCUUCAAAAUGUUGCGGCGAUCUUCCGGACACCUUAGAUUUGAACGAUGAAGUACGAUUGGAAAAAAUAGAAUUUUCUGAACCCCAAGAAAAUCCAAAAUUGGGAGCUGUCGAAGAGGCAGUAAUUUUAGCAAAAUUUUUUCAGAUACGGCUGUCUCAACCUAGGGAUAACCUUGUUAUCGAGGAAAUUAUGCCUUACUUAAAUAAUGUAAUAGACAAUACAAAAAACUGGGCAUUGAAAAUGUCAGCCCUUUAUCAACGAUGUUUCACAGAGAUGUGUGACAGAAGAGCUGCCGAAAGAGCUAUGUUGCAAGCUGAACAUUUAUUGGAAUAUUUAAAUUGCUCUGAGAUACCAGUGGCAGAUAAGCUUUAUAUGUUUUUUGCAAGUGGAAUGGAACCUAGAUGGAUGUUCAAGCAAAUCUUAGCAAAUCUGAUGUUCAACUUGGGUUUGAUUAAAGGAGCUAUAGACAUUUAUUUGCAACUGCACUUGUGGGAAGAUGUUAUUAUUUGUUAUAGCAUUCUCGACUUAAAGCAUAAGGCAGCUGAAAUUAUACAGCAGCGAUUGGAAAGAAAGCCAACCGUUAAGCUGUGGUGCUUAUUAGGUGAUGCACUACAGGAAACUAAAUAUUAUGAAACUGCAUGGGAGUUGUCAGAAAAAAGAAGUAGUCGUGCCCAACGACAUUGGGGAUUUCAUUAUUUCACAAAGAAAUGUUAUGAGAAAGCUAUUCCGCAUUUGAAAUUGUCAACAGAAUUGAAUAGUCUCCAAGAAAACGUAUGGCUGAGGCUUGGGUAUGCAGCAUUACAAGUUGAAGACUGGCAGCUGGCAGCGACUUCGUACAGACGUUACUGCUGCUUGGAGGAAACGAGUUUCGAGGCAUGGAACAAUUUGGCUAAAGCUUACAUCAAAUUAGGGGACAAACCAAGGGCUUGGCGGUCUCUUCACGAUGCCAUUAAAUGCAACUACGAUCGUUGGGAAGUCUGGGAGAAUCUAAUGAUCGUAAGCGUUGAUCUGGGUCACUUUUCGGAUGUAAUUCGAUGUUAUCAUCGCAUUUUGGAACUGAAGGGUUGUCAUAUCGACAUUCAAAUUCUCGAUAUAUUAACAAAGGUUCUAUCGAAAGAUACCGUUGACGCUAACGGUAAUUCUACCCGAAGAUUAAUACCGAAUUUACUGCAGCUUUUCGGUCAUCUAACAUCCUUUAAUUCAAACAAUUCAAAAGUUUGGCGCAUGUACGCAGAAAUCACUGCUGCAAAAGGGUCCGAACUGGACCACCAAAAAGCGACAGAAUAUUUACAAAGAGCAUACCGAUGCAUCACUGCAGAUCCUCGCUGGAUUCAGAGUUUGACUUCUACUAAAGAGGUACUGGUAUUGUGUAGCGAUAUAGCACAAGCCUACUUGAAUUGUGCCCGUGAUUGUCCAGCAAAGCAAAAGAAGGCUAUGCUAGGAAGCGCCAAAUUAUCUCUUCAAGGAGUUGUAAAGAAAACCAAAGAACAAGAAAUAUUCGUUGAAGAUAUUUGCACGGAAUUACAAAAAGUUGAAGAAUAUUUGCUCGUAAUAACGGAUGCACUGAAGGAAAUAAAUAACGGCAUAUAAAAAUAUUUGUAUUUAUCUUUACAUAGGGCACUUUUCAUUUUAUAAUAAAUA